UGUUCAUUUAUUAUGGGAGAAAUAGAAGCUAAAAACCUUCAACCUGAACCAAACACAACAAUACACUUCAUGAUUCAAGGAAGGAUUAAAAAAGAGACGAAGUGUUAAGGAGACAUAUAUAUGCAAGGAGACAUAUAUAUGUCAUGUCAGUAACGGGGUGGUUACAACCUGUUUAUGUUAAAUUUCCCACUCAACUUGAUAGGUUGGUAGUGAAACACUCUUACAGCCAAAAAAACACAAAUAGAAGCUCGGAAUUGGGAUCCAAGAGGUGCCAUUGCAAAAGGAAAGAACAAGACACUCCCUUUUACUCCGUGUUACGAGAAGAGGAUAGUCCAUGGCAGAGUGGUGAUGUAUGGACCAAUCUUGUUCUUUAUCUUUUCACUCUUCAUAUUCCUCUCAGCUUUGGUGGAUUCUCCGUCGUUGCGUUCCUCACAGGACAGCAACCUCUUCUUCACCCACAAACUCAGGCCAUAUCUCUUCUUACCAUUCAAGUUCUUGAGUUUAAUGCGGCUCUGGUUGUAUUGAAGUCCACGGCUAAACCACAAUAUAAAUUUUCAAGUUUCUUCGAAAACAACAAAUUAUUGAGUGACAGGAACUGGUUUUUGUCAUCAGCUCUGGGAUUUGGGUUUAUUGCUCUUCUGGUUUGUCUAACAUCACUACUUGCUGACAGAUUACUUGGCUUUAAGACUGUUAGCAAUCCAACAUUGAAGGAGAUCCUCCUACACAAUGAUAUCUCAAGAGUGUGUUGUGUUACUGCUUACUGCAUUGUCACUCCUCUUUUGGAAGAAGUUGUUUAUAGAGGAUUUCUGUUGACAUCACUUUCCUCCACCAUGAAGUGGCAACAAGCUGUAGUCAUAAGCUCUGUUGUAUUCAGUGCAAUUCACUUCUCUAGUGAAAACUUUGUACAACUGUUCAUCAUUGGGUGUGUCCUUGGAUGCUCCUAUUGCUGGACUGGAAAUUUGAAGUCUUCCAUUGUUAUUCAUUCUUUGUACAAUGCUUUGACCUUAUUCAUAACUUAUUUUUAUUAAUUUAUUUUUAUUUAGAGGAAUCAA